AUGAUAAGCACCGAGAGCGUCUUGGAGAGUGGAGACCAGCCUUGCAUCCGGCUGGAGCCCCUGAAGAACACGCAUUUGCCGGCCACGGCGACGCCGACUGGUGGCAGCUGCGCUACGUUCGUGGACGGCAGCCCCAAAGUGACAGCCAACGGGGUGCACGACAUAGAGGACCGGAUUCUGAGGAUCACCGGCUACUAUGGCUACAACCCGGGCUACUCCAGUCAUAGAAGAGAGGACGGUUCAGAGUCUCAUGCAGAGACACCAGGUAGCGAGACCAGCGGAGAGAGCCGGUCCUAUCAGACAUGUACCAACACAGCUUUGAAGGUGUUGGGUGGUCUGCUGAUGGUGCUGUGUGUCUCCUCCUCCUGGGUGGGUACCACUCAGGUGGUUAAGCUGACCUUUCAGUCGUUCUCCUGUCCCUUCUUCAUCUCUUGGUUCAGCAGCAACUGGAACAUUCUCUUCUUCCCCAUCUACUACUCUGGACAUGCGGUUAUGACACGGGAGAAGCAGACCCCCAUACAGAAAUUCAGGGAGUGCAGUAAGGUCUUCGGGGAGGAUGGGAUGACUCUCAAGCUUUUUGUAAAGAGGACAGCACCCUUCUCAAUCCUGUGGACACUGACCAACUACCUGUACCUCCUGGCCUUGAAGAAGCUGACUGCCACUGAUGUGUCUGCCCUCUACUGCUGCCACAAGGCCUUCGUCUUUCUCUUGUCCUGGAUUGUUCUCAAGGAUCGGUUCAUGGGUGUUCGGAUUGUGGCAGCCAUAAUGGCCAUCACAGGUAUUGUCAUGAUGGCUUAUGCUGACGGUUUCCGUGGUGAUUCCUUUGUGGGUGUGGCGUUGGCUGUGGGCUCUGCCUCAACAUCGGCUCUCUACAAGGUGCUGUUCAAGAUGUUCCUGGGCAGCGCCAACCUUGGAGAAGUGGCUCACUUCCUUUCCACCAUGGGCUUCUUCAAUCUCAUCUUUAUCUCCUGUGUGCCUCUCAUCCUCUCCCUCACCAUGGUAGAACACUGGGGAUCACUGUCCUCACUGCCCUGGGGAUACAUGUGUGGACUGGCAGGACUCUGGCUUGUGUUCAACAUCUUGGUCCAUGUUGGUGUAGUGCUGACAUACCCCAUUCUCAUCUCCAUAGGAACACUGCUCAGUGUGCCAGGCAAUGCAGCUGUAGAUGUUUUGAAACAUGAGGUGAUCUUCAGCAUGGUGCGCCUGGCAGCCACCUGCAUCAUCUGCCUGGGCUUCUUGCUCCUGCUGCUGCCAGAGGAGUGGGACUCAGUCACGUUGCGUUUCCUGGCCAACAUUGCAGACAAGAAGUCAGAGGAACACGGCGAAGAGCUCACAGAGUCCAGUGUCAACACUCGCAGCCGCAGUCGGGCAAACGGAGCUGUCUCCAUUCCCUUGGCAUGA